CGCCAGUACGGGCCGGCUCAGCCGUGCCAGCCGCCCGCCCGCUGCUCUCGGUCAGGGAUGCCGCGCCCGCCCCCCUUCUCAGCAGGGCCCGCUGCGGCAGGCCUCCGGGCGGGCAGGGCCGGGCCGCUUCUGCGGGGCGGGGCACGGCUGCGGGGGGGGCGGGGCGCCGCGCCUGCCGCCUUUCCGUGCUGAAAGUGGCCCUGGGGCGCGCGAGCGUUUCCGGGGCAGCGUCGUCACCGUCACGCUCAGCGUCGGCGUCGUGGUCACCAUCAUCAUGACAACGCUCCGCGCCUUCACCUGCGACGACCUCUUCCGAUUCAACAAUAUCAAUCUGGACCCGCUGACCGAGACCUACGGGAUUCCCUUCUACUUGCAGUACCUCGCCCACUGGCCCGAGUAUUUCAUCGUCGCCGAGGCGCCCGGCGGGGAGCUGAUGGGUUACAUCAUGGGCAAAGCUGAAGGCUCUGUGGCUAGGGAAGAAUGGCAUGGACACGUUACUGCUCUCUCUGUUGCACCAGAAUUCCGACGGCUGGGUUUGGCUGCUAAAUUGAUGGAGCUCCUGGAAGAAAUUUCAGAAAAAAAGGGUGGAUUUUUUGUCGAUCUCUUUGUGAGAGUAUCAAAUCAGGUUGCUGUAAAUAUGUAUAAGCAACUAGGCUACAGUGUAUACCGGACAGUCUUAGAGUACUACUCAGCUAGCAGUGGGGAGCCAGAUGAAGAUGCUUAUGGUAAGUUCUUGUUUGGUCUCAAAUUGAAUGGAACUAUUCUCAUGUUGAGGGUUCCUGGGCAUGUUUGUAAGAGUGUUACAGUGUUCUAUAUGAAACACAUAAAAAACAUUAUACAAUUUGAAACAAUUAUAUGAAACUAUUUCAGAUAGUUACUGACUAAUGGGAUUUUUGUAUUUUUGUAACUUUUCCUACCUAAGAUUAUAUUAGGUACAAAACUUAAUCUUGCCAUUUAUACAUUUUGUAUCAUCUCUGGCAAAAUCGACCACAGAACAAGAAUAAAUGAGAAGGAAUGUCAGUGCUUUCUUCCUUUCAUCCCAUAACAGAGACCUGAAACUUUGUUUUUCUCAGAUGUCUACCUAUAAAUUAACAAUUGUCAGCAUUCAGCAAUGGCAAAGAAUUGGGUAACAUUUUCAAUUUAAAAGGGAAGGAACAUGGAAAUUCAAGUAUGUAAAUGUUAAUUAUGUUAACAAAAGUGAACUGCAAAGUGCUUCCUCUUUCUAGGUCCUUUUUUAAAUUAUCCUUCCAAAGGGUUACAUGGCCAGGCUAUGUAUCGUUUCUGUUCUUGCACUAUAGGGGAGCACUGUGAAAUACAAGGGCUCAGAUAGACACCUAGCAUUGCCGCAUGUGACUUAAGUGAUAUAUUUGUCACUUUAACUUGUUAUUUCCUUUCCAUUUGGCUGAGUUUCAUGCAGUGUUUUAUAUCAGUUGAUAUUAUUGCCAUUGAGCAACAUUAAGGACAGCAGUGUGUCCUGGGGAGAGCAACCAAGAUGGUGAGAGCCUCAAGAGCAAGAUUUAGGAGGAGCAGCUGAUGUCCAUGACUUUGUGCCGCUUUGAGAAGAGAAAGCUGUUGCAUGCCCUUGUCACACUCUGUAACUUCCAAGGAAAGCAGAGGGGGGGUCUUGAUCUCCUCCCUCCAGUGACGAGUGACAGGAACUGAGGAGACGAAGCAAAGCUGUGUCAGGGAAUGUUCAGACUGAACGUUAGAAGGCUCUUCACUGAGAGGGUGGUUGGUAACUGCAGUGGUCUCUCCAGGGAAAGGGUCAUGACACCAAGCCCAUCAGAGUUCAAGGAAUAUCUGCACAAUGCUCCUAAUCAUAUGGUAUAAUUUUAGGUAUUACUGUGUGGAGCAGGGAGUUGCAUCCUUAUGGGUACUUUUGAACUUGAGGUAGUCUUAUGAUUCUAGGAAAUUUUCUUGAUUAAAAAUGAUUUAUUUUAAUGCAGAAUUCACUUAAUAUGGCUUUGUACAAUGACUGCAGUACUGUAAUAACAUUUUUCUUGUUGCUAUAGAUAUGAGAAAAGCUCUUUCCAGAGAUACAGAAAAGAAAUCAGUUAUACCUCUGCCUCAUCCUGUGAGACCAGAAGACAUCGAGUGACUUUAAGCUGUGGUUCUCAUGCAAUUUACUAAGGGUCAGGUUCCAUCUCCUAUAACCCCCAACAAUUCAUGCAUAAGAAGUUUUAGGCCAAAUGUUUUUCCCAUAAAAUACUUAAAAGCAACGUUGAGAAGCUGACUAACACUGCUUCUAUUGGUAAUGGCUGUAUACUGCUACACUUUUUUAUUUUUCCUUUCACAUGUUGGAGAUUUGGAGACUAUUAAAAAGGAAUUACUUCCUGUA